AUGCUCGCUAAACAAUUGACACGCGCGAGCCGUUUAUUGCGUCAGCCAUCGGCGCGCUCCGUGGCCACGGCAGACAAGUCGGCCAAGACAUCUCCUCGUGUCUAUAACAAGUCGCCCGCGUCGCCUACGACCCCGAAGUUGCGCAAGAAAAAGACGUUCCAGUUCUCAGAUAAAGACGCUAAACCGACGACGCCGCUUGAGGAAUUCGCGUACCCGUCGUACUGGGAUGUGGACUACCCAUCGGACUUUGACAAUGACAUGAAGCACGAGGUGGAAAAGCUGCAGAUCUUUGCGGAUUUUACGCCGUACUUGGACUUGUCGUGGCAGCAGCAGAUCCAUCUGCUGUUUGAUGGUGCACCCAUAAAAAUGACGCUCAACUGUCCGCUCGAGGACUUUGACGAGCGGCUUUUUAUUGAUGACAAGAAUACGUACGAUACCAAGGUGAUCAUGGAGGUGCCGAUGACGUGCUUUAAAGGGCUGAACAAGGAGGCGAAGGACCUUGUGGCGCAGCUCGCAGGUCCGCGCUACAAUGCCAACAAGAAGAUGAUCAAGAUCACUGAGGACCGCUACAAUACGCGCGUGUUCAACCAUAAACGGAUUUGCGACAUCCUGCGUGACCUCACUCAGACAGCACUCGAGCUGAGUGGACAGGCCGAAGAAAGUGACGAGUGCAAGAAGGAGGACAAGUAG